UGAGGGCUCAGGGCUUGAGGGUUUAGGGUGGAGUUUGGGAUUGGGCCAAUCACUUUUUGGCACAACACCGGAACUCCAGAUUGUAACACCCGGCGGAAGGUCGGAACGGACGGAACGGAACACAUGAUUCCUUUGAGGAGGACGGUUCUGUUUCCUUUCUUUUUCCUCUUCAACAAUGUCUAAGGUGAAUCAUCUGAGAGAGUUUAUCGGUCAGCGACUAACAGCAGCUGCUGUAGAAAUAUUGUCAGUGUUUGAAAAAACCAUCUUGGAGUAUGAAGAAGAGCUCGACCGUCAGCGCAGACUGUUGGACCUCGCCUGGAAACCUGAAAUCAGACUCCACAGAGUCGACCCCCCACAAGAAAAUGUUUGUAAGGUUGAGGAGGACGGGGUUUUCAGUGACCAGCACCUCGAUAACCUGGAGAGGAGCUGCAGCCCGGACCAGGAGGAACCAGGGCAUCCACAGACUACAGAACUGGAGGAAGACUCCAGCGGUCAGGAGAUUAAGCACGAGGACGUAGAGGUGGAUGUCUCAUUGGUCAAUGUUGCUUAUGUGAAAGUUGAAAAUGGUGACCCAGGACCAAACUGUGGCCAGCUGCCGUUGCACACUUCUCCUGAAGCUCAAAACAAAGAUGAGGAAGGGAGUGAAAGUUUACGCUCAGACUCCAGUAAAACUGCAGAUCCUAAGCCAAUGAGACGACACUGUGACCACGAAGAUGCUGCUGUCCCGUCAGACAGCAACUGUGAAUCAAAGCUGAUCAGUACCCACACGGGGAAGAAGGCGUUUUCUAUCAGCACUUGCAGGAAAGAGUUCAGUAGAAGUAGUAUUUUAAUGGAUCACAUGAAGAUCCACACUGGCGAAAGGCCGUACCUGUGCAACACCUGCGGCCACGCCUUUACUAAUUUAUCGGAUCUUGAACGGCACAUAACCACGCACACGGGUGAGAAGCCCUACAUCUGCAAAACAUGUGGAAAGAGUUACAGGCAACGUUUCAACCUGGUGAUUCACUCGAGGACCCACACCGGCGAAAGGCCGUAUCUGUGCAACACCUGUGGAAAAACCUUUAUUAAAUCAUCAGCUCUUAAACGGCACAUAACCAUGCACACGGGCGAGAAGCCCCACAUCUGCAAAACAUGUGGAAAAAGUUACACAGAACGUUUCAACCUGGUAAUUCACUCGAGGACCCACUCCGGCGAAAGGCCGUACCUGUGCAACACCUGCAACAAAGCCUUUGCUAAAUCAUCAGCUCUUAAACGGCACAUAACCACGCACACGGGCAAGAAGCCCUACAUAUGCAAAACAUGUGGAAAAAGUUACACAGAACGUUCCAGCCUGGUGAUUCACUCGAGGAUCCACACCGGCGAAAGGCCGUACCUGUGCAACACCUGCGGAAAAACCUUUACUGAAUCAUCAGCUCUUAAACGGCACAUAACCACGCACACGGGCGAGAAGCGGUAUUCUUGCAAGACGUGCAACAAAGGUUUUAGCCGCAGAAUGGAUUUGCUGAGUCACAUGGAAAAUCACCCGGAGGAGAAGUCUGGUGACUCGUGACAAAUGAAGCUCAUGUUGUCGUCCUCCGGGGGCAGCUGUCCACUCCUGUCUGACCCACAGAAGAAGAACCCGCAGAAGUCCAACCACCACUGACUUUAAUAUUCAUAUGGACGUUGAAAGCCAUAAUCUUAAAUUAGCUUUCAAUUCUCUUCUAGAAUCGAUGGGUAUCUCACAAAAAGUGGACAAACCAACGCACUGUUUUAAUCAUACCCUGGAUCUCAUUCUCACCUACAGUGUUGAAACUGAUGAUCUGUUGGUGGUGUCGCCUGUAAACUCCCUUUUAUCCGACCAUUAUUUAAUAACAUUUGAAUUUAAUAUUGUCGAUGUUGAAGUGCCGGCGUCACAUCCGGUCGGCAAGCGAAACUAACAUGGUUUACACAUCGCAUUUUGUUAAUUAAUAAAAGUUUCAGAUGCUUGGUAGCCUUUUCAGUUGGUUAAUGAUUCAUUGGACAGUGUUUGUACAUGUUAAUCUCUGUUGGAGAUGUUUUCUACUACUUCGGAUUUUAUGCCAGUGUUGCACAGUGAUAAUGUUUGUCACAUUAUUUGUUAUUAACCUCUGUUUAUAGAGGACUUGUUUACCUCAUUAGGCUUCUAGGAUUGGCCAGAAUUUUUUUUCAUUUGAAUCUCUAAAUAAGGACUUUACAUUUCAGAUUGACUUCUAAGCCUCCUCUAAUUUCAUGCUAUUGUUUUGUUUUGCUGAUAUAAUGCACAGAUGUGUCAUAAAUAAAGAAGCUUAUGGUUAAUAUUUUGGUUGCUUAUUUAUAACAUCAAACUGGCUAAUAUGGACUGAAAUGCUUGUGCUCAAUGCUUAAUAUAAUAUUCAAAUAACAAAAUGUUGGUGGAAAGUGGUGCUUU